CACAUGGACAGCUGUUUCAGAAAUCUUAGAGCCUUUUAAGCUAAGUAUUAAAAAAUAAUCUGUACAAUGUCCCAUUUAACAUUUGGCAAAUGUGUUUGACUUUGACUUUCCUCCUUUCACAUUAGGUUUGAAUUUCAGAAUUACCAGAGCAUGCAAGCCUUAAUAUUUGCUGUAGCUGAGAUAAAUAUGAAUCCACAUAUACUUCCUAACAUCACAUUGGGAUUCCAGAUUUUUGACACUUGCACUGUGUUGAGACGUGCUACAGAGGGUGUUCUAUGGAUGCUUUCAGGGUAUCAGGAGAGUGUGCCCAAUUACCGAUGUCAAAAAGGAGCACCUCUGGCUGCUGUGAUAGGAGAUUCUGGGUCCACACGCUCAAUCCUAAUGGCCCAUAUACUGGGACUGUACAGAUAUCCACAGAUUAGUUAUUUUUCAACUAGUCCAGUCCUCAGCAAUCGAAAUCUAUUCCCUUCAUUUUUUCGGACUAUACCCAGUGAUGAGUUUCAAUCCCAAGGUCUGGCCCAGCUGGUUUCAUACUUUGGUUGGUCUUGGGUUGGUCUUCUAGCUUCUGACAAUGACUAUGGCCUAUUUGGCAUGCAGGUGGUACACCAGGAAAUUUCAAAAGCUGGAGCUUGUGUAGCCUUUACUGAAACCAUUCUGACUGGUCAACCCAAAAGAAAUGCUCAUCAUAUUGUCCAGAUAAUUAAAGAUUCAACAGCCAAAGUUGUAGUAGUUUUAUCAUCUGAUUCUGAUUUCAUGCCAGUAGUAGAAGAGCUAGUAAGACAGAAUGUAACAGGAAAAAUCUGGGUAGCCAGUGAAUCAUGGUCAACCUCUUCUCUUCUAUCCAAGGAUAGAUUUAAGCAGGUUUUGGUGGGCACCAUCGGUUUUGCCAUACAUGGUGGGCAGAUGCCAGGAUUUAUAGAGUAUCUAAACAACCUGAAUCCCACUAAAUCUCUGAAUGAUUCGUUCACACAGGAGUUCUGGCAACAAACAUUUUCUUGCAAGUGGCUCAACCAGGAUAACAAAGCUGAUUGGAUGGCUAACUCAGUAAUUCAGACAUGUACAGGAGCAGAAAAGCUAGAGCCUUCCAUUACUGAUGCUGACUCUAGAAUUACUUUUAAUGUCUACACUGCAGUUUAUGCAAUUUCAUGGGCUUUACAAAACUUAUUCUAUUGUAAACCAGGAAGUGGUCCAUUCCAACAUGGUACAUGUGCUAACAUAUCAUCAUUUUAUCCUUGGCAAGUAAGACUUCUUCACUAUAUUAAAGCUGUAAACUUUGAAACCAGUGAUGGGUCCCAAAUUGUUUUUGAUUCUAAUGGAGACCCUCCAGCUAUGUAUGACAUUGUGAACUGGAAUAUAAGUACCGAAGGCAUUUUAGAGCACGUCAUUGUGGGAAGUUAUGAUUCAAGAGCUCCUAAUGGACAUACUUUAAAAUUAGAUGCUGCUGCUAUCAUAUGGAACACGGGUGACUUCCAGGUUCCUGUUUCCAAGUGCAGCCCUAGCUGUCCCUUUGGAUUCAGAAAGGUAACAUUACCAGGAAAGCCUAUCUGCUGUUAUGAAUGUAUAGCAUGCCCCUAUGGAGAAAUAUCAAACCACACAGAUGCUAUGGAAUGUCAUCAAUGUUCUUGGGACACAUGGCCCAAUUUCCGACAGGAGAAAUGUCUCCCAAAGACAGUAGAGUUUCUCUCCUACAAAGAACCACUCGGAGUGUAUAUAGGAGCCAUUGCUAUUUCAUCUUCUGCAGUUCCACUUGGAAUUCUUGGUGUUUUCAUUUGCUAUGGGUCUACACCUAUUGUCCGAGCAAAUAACCGCUAUCUUAGUUGCCUGCUUCUGGUAUCUUUGUCCCUUUGUUUCCUCUGUUCCUUGGCAUUUAUUGCCCACCCGCAGCCUGAGACAUGUCUUUUCCGUCAAGUGGCAUUCGGCAUAGUUUUUGCACUUUGUAUCUCUUGUGUUCUUGCUAAAACCAUUACUGUUGUCAUUGCUUUUAAGGCUACCAGGCCAGGAAGUACUUUUAAAAAAUGGACAGGUUUUAGAGUAACCUUUUCUGUCAUCGGAACAUGCAUCCUCAUUCAGAUAUGUGUUUGUACAAUAUGGUUGUCCCUCUAUCCUCCAUUUUUAGAAAUUGACAUCCAAACCAAACCUGGUAUCAUUAUUAUAGGUUGUAAUGAAGGCUCACCCACUGCCUUCUGGAUCAUGCUGGGUUAUCUUGGAGUUCUGGCUACACUUAGUUUUAUUGUUGCUUUCCUGGCCAGACGGCUACCAGACAGUUUUAACGAGGCCAAGUUCAUUACCUUCAGUAUGCUGGCUUUUUUAAGUGUUUGGAUAUCCUUUGUCCCAGCAUACCUAAGCGCUCAUGGCAAGUACACCGUGGCUAUGGAAGUCUUUGCUAUUCUGUCUUCCAGUUGGGCUAUGGUGAUUUGUAUCUUUGUCCCCAAAUGUUUCAUUAUUAUCUUCAAACCUCAGAUGAACUCAAAGCAACAUAUAUUAAGGAACAAUGCAAAGAGUGGCAGAACUAAUCAUUUGUAAUUUUCAUGUAUUUUUACUUUUCAUAUUUACAGGGACAAUGACAAAUAGUGGGAAACAUGUUCACUUAACCUAUAUGCAGCUU